AUGAUGAGUUCUGCAGCGUGGAAUGCGCAGGACCAGGCCAUGGCCGCGACCGAGGAUGAGUUCCAGCAGUUCCUCGACAUCAGCGGCAUGGCCAACAUGGGCGACGGCAUGCAGUUCGACUUCCAGGGCUUCCAGGACGACGGCUCGCACUCCAUCAUGGGUCAAGCUCGCCAGACGGCCGACGCCAUCAUGGGCGACGCAGAUCCCUCGAGCAUGAUUGCCCGAAGCGACGGUCUUCUGCAGAAUCACACGCCCGCCAUGGCGCCCAUGCCCUCCCACAUGAUGGCGCCGUCCGCCUCGCGCGAGGCCAUCUCCAACAUCGACGCACAGAUCCAGUAUCUGCAGCAGCAAAAGUUCCAGCAGCAGCAGCGCCAGCUGCAAGAGCAGCAGGCCACCUUCUUCGUCAACCAUAGCCACUCGGUGCCCCCGACACCCCAAAGCCUGGAGAUGACGCCCGGCAGCGCUCAGUUCUACUCACAAGCCGAGCAGAUGCCAUCAAGAGGGGCCUACGACAGGAAUUAUCAUCAGCGUAUGGCAGAGCAGGAUAUGGCCUUUACGCCUCUCGUCUCGCCUGCCGUCACUCCCUUGGAUCCCCAUUUCAACAUGGAGAGCGCCUUUACCGUCCCCGGAGCUUACUUCAGCCCCCUGACUUCGCCGGCUCUCCAUGCGCAGAAUGACUCCUCCUCCAACUAUGAUCACACCACCCACUCAAACAACUCCCCGGUGGAGAUGGACCUCGAGCAGCCGGCCGUCCCAGCCGUCAACCUGGAUCUUUCCAAGAAGACGAGAAAGACGCAGGCCACCAAGGCGAGGAAGCCGAGCGUCAAGAGCUCGCCCAUUUCCAAGCCGCUCAGGCGCAAGACUGGCCCCAGCCCGGCCAUGGUGUCACAGGUGCUGAGCGAGGUGGAGGAGAGGAGCCUGCAGGCUAGCGACCACGGGCUGCUGCCCCUACCCGCUGCCUCUACCGACGGGUCGGACGAGAACGCGUCUGUGUCGCCCGAGAACCUCUCGGACAUGCCCCCUCCGCCUAUCCCCGCCAGGCGCUCGACGAGCAAGUCGCCCUACAUACGUCCGCAGAACAAUAUGCAGGCCAUUCACGCACCCGCUCUGCUCGACGAAUUGCACCCUCCUCAUCCCGCCACGCCAGCUUCCCUAAUGAAAUUGCCGGCCUCCAAGACGAAAAAGCUUACGACGAGUCUCCAAGAACCCCCGCUGUCCGACAACAUUGAGUCGCUUGAACUCCCUGAAUCAAUAUCCAACACCCCGCAUGCUGGUGGUCUCGACGAUGCCCAGCUUGGUACUCAGACCCCUCGGCCCGAGCCGAGCAUGGGUUCCAAGGGAGUUACGUUUCAGUCCAUGCCGUCGCCAAUCGUUCGAGCAACGGGAACGUCAUCGGCGAAUCAGAGCCCCCUCUUGUUGCCUGGGGCGUCCGGCUCCAGCCAGCGAAGAACGCCGCAGCUUUCUGCCAGGAAUAGUCGCAAGCGGUCGACGGGAUCGAUUCACGCCUCUCCCGCUCUGCUGCCCAGGAUAUCGCCCAACAUCAAGCCCCUGCUUCCCGGUACUCCUGGCAUGUCUGUUGAAGACCAGGCAUCGCGACUGUUGAUGUCCAAGUCAAAUUACCAGAACAUCCUAGAGGGCAACCAAGUCCCUGGUGUGUCUUAUCCCAGCGAAUUGUCUACAAACCUCACGUCGAAGAGAACGUCACACAAGAUUGCCGAACAGGGCCGUCGAAACCGCAUCAACUCAGCCCUGCAGAUCAUGGCCAGUCUGCUCCCGGAGAGCAAGAACAAGGUCGUUUCGGGCGACGACAGCGAUAAGAAGGAUGGCAAGCAAUCCAACGCUUCCAACAGCAAGGCCAGCGUCGUUGAAAACGCCAUUGUCCACAUGAAGAAUCUGGAGAAGGAGAAUGUGGAUCUGAAAUAUGAGCUGCAGGCAUUAAAGGAGCAGCUCGAGAAGCUGAAAGGAUCCGACGGCGGUGCCGAAGGGAGCACUGCGGCCCGGAGCGACGACAAGAAAUUGCCCAAAAUAAGCGAGGAGCUGGGCGGCAGCCCCGAUGCCCAGGAAGACACCAAGAUGGACACGGCCACGGCGACGGUGAGCGACCCUGAAGAAGGCAGUUGA